GUAAGGUAAUUGUGAAGGAGUUCUUUGCCAUCGUGACCACCGAAUGGAAGGGCGACCAGGUCAACUGCCGUUUCCGUAUGCUGAGACUGUGCGUCGCCACCGAUCGGCGUGCUGUGCUUGCUGGUCGGUGGGCUCAAGAGGCUGCGGACGCUCUGUGGCGCGAUAUCGCAGCGGUGACGCCCAGGGAUGCCUGCGAGUACCUGGCUCAUUCGAAGCACUGGCAUGCCAGGUAUCGCGGCGGAGACAAACUUGUGCUCAGGAAAUUUGGACUGUGGAUGAAGGCCUUGGCACCGACAUUCCCUGUGCUCGCUCAAUGGGACAAGGCCCGCUUUGUUUGGCUUCGCGAAAAUCUAGGCCCCAGGAUCCUGGAAGUGGACUCGGCGGAUAUCGCCAACAACAGGGAUACUUUUCUGCUGGCAG